UUGUGAUCUGGAAUAUGGCUCCAGUCCUCAAAGAGGAAGAUGAAAAGAAUGAAAAUAUUCCCAAGAUGCUUUGCCAGAUGGACAAUCACUUAGGUAUUACAGAACAGCCCUUCGUGGGCUUUGCGUGUUGGCAGAUUGCCCAAAGUUAGCCCAUGUGUUUGUAAUUAGAAAUAUAAGGCCCCGUGCAGCGGUAAAUGUCCCCGGGCUGCUGUCAGAAGGCACAGAUGUUGGCUACACACCUGGUUGAGUUAUUCAGCAGAAGACUUGGCCAACCCACAGAACCACCUUUGGACAGUCCUGCAGCUUGUGUGAACUGUGUUCGGUGGUCAAACAGUGGGAUGUAUUUAGCUUCUGGGGGAGAUGACAAACUGAUUAUGGUGUGGAAGCGGGCUACGUACAUCGGCCCCAGCACUGUUUUUGGUUCUAGUAGUAAGCUUGCCAAUGUGGAGCAGUGGCGAUGUGUGUCAAUUCUAAGAAGCCAUUCAGGCGAUGUGAUGGAUGUCGCUUGGUCUCCUCACGAUGCUUGGCUUGCAUCCUGCAGUGUGGAUAACACUGUCGUCAUCUGGAAUGCUGUAAAAUUUCCAGAAAUUCUUGCCACUUUACGGGGCCAUUCUGGUUUGGUGAAAGGACUGACCUGGGAUCCCGUUGGGAAGUAUAUUGCUUCCCAGGCCGAUGACCGCAGUCUGAAAGUGUGGAGGACCAUGGACUGGCAGCUGGAAACCAGCAUCACCAAGCCCUUUGAUGAGUGUGGAGGGACGACCCACGUUUUACGUCUCAGCUGGUCACCCGAUGGACACUAUCUCGUCUCUGCUCAUGCCAUGAAUAAUUCAGGACCUACUGCUCAGAUCAUUGAGAGGGAUGGAUGGAAAACCAACAUGGAUUUUGUGGGGCACCGUAAGGCAGUAACAGUGGUGAAAUUCAAUCCCAAAAUCUUCAAGAAGAAGCAGAAGAAUGGGAGCUCCACCAAGCCCAGCUGCCCCUACUGUUGCUGUGCUGUCGGCAGCAAGGAUCGGUCCCUCUCUGUCUGGCUCACAUGUCUGAAGCGGCCUUUAGUCGUCAUCCAUGAGUUGUUUGACAAGUCUAUCAUGGACAUUUCUUGGACCUUAAACGGACUCGGCAUCUUAGUGUGCUCCAUGGAUGGCUCCGUGGCCUUUCUGGAUUUCUCCCAAGAUGAGCUUGGGGACCCCCUGAGUGAGGAGGAGAAGAGCCACAUUCACCAGUCCACCUACGGGAAGAGCCUUGCAGUGAUGACGGAGGCUCAGCUCCCCACCACCAUCAUCGAGAACCCCGAGAUGCUCAAGUACCAGCAGAGGCAGCAGCAGCAACUGGGCCACAAGAAUGCAGUGUCCCGGGAAGCUGGCUCCAACCCCAAAGUGGCCAGCAUGGUGAAUGGCGAGAGCCUGGAAGACAUCAGAAAGAAUCUAUUAAAGAAGCAAGUGGAGACGCGGACUGCCGAUGGCCGGAGGAGGAUCACGCCCCUUUGCAUUGCUCAGCUGGACACUGGGGACUUCUCCACAGCCUUCUUUAAUAGUAUUCCUCUCUCGGGAUCACUGGCGGGCUCCAUGUUGUCUUCUCAAAGUAACCAGCAGCUCAUGGCACUGGACUCCAAUGCCACCAACUCUCUCAGCACGUCGAAACCUUCCUUGGAGCCUGUGGCAUCAAGUCUGAAGCCCGCAGGGGAUGCCGUCAGUAAAGACAGUGUAAAUGCUACCUCGGCUGCAGCCGUCCCCCCCACGCCCUCCUCCUCUGUGUUAACGACCCCUUCCAAGAUCGAACCAAUGAAAGCAUUUGAUUCCCGAUUCACUGAACGAUCCAAAGCAACCUCAGGGACCGGGACUGCUGCCAUCACAAAUAUGAACCAGACUGCCGUUGACCGGUUAAAAGAGCAGAACUUAGUGAAGGAGACAAAGCCCAAGGAUGUCCUGGAGAGCAGCAGUGACAGCGACGAGAAGAUCCCAAUUUCCAGGCCCUCCUCACUGCCCAAGCGCAAGCUGGACCUCGAAGGGGAGACUGUGGAGAAGAAGAAGAAGGGCCGCCCACGGAAAGACACGCGCCUCCUGCCUGUGGCGCUGUCCGUACAGUCUCCCCUGACGGCCGACAAGGAUGCCCUCUGUGUGUCUGCCCCAGCACUAGCUCUUAAACUGCCAACGCCAGCCCCACAGAAGUCCUUUGCCCUGCAGGUCAGUUCUGACCCUUCCCUGUACAUUGAAGUGGAGAAUGAUGUAACCACGGUGGGAGGCUUGAAGCUGAGCCGAUUAAAGUGUACACGGGAAGGAAAAGAGUGGGAGACGGUCCUGACGAGCCGGAUUCUCACCGCGGCAGGCAGCUGUGACGUGGUCUGCGCUGCCUGUGAGAAGAGGACCCUGUCUGUGUUCUCUGCUUGUGGCCGCCGCCUGCUCCCUCCAAUAGUCCUGCACUCCCCCGUCUCCACGCUACAUUGCACAGGGCCCUACAUCAUGGCCCUCACUUCCGCUGCCACCUUGUCUGUGUGGGAUGUCCAUAAACAGGUAGUGGUCAUCAAAGACGAGUCUCUGCAGACUAUCCUAUCAGGAAGUGAUAUGACCGUUUCACAGAUAUUGCUGACCCAGCAUGGCAUCCCAGUGAUGAAUCUGUCUGAUGGGAAGGCCUACUGUUUCAACCCUGCCCUUUCCACGUGGAACCUGGUUUCUGACAAGCAGGAUUCCUUGGCCCAGUGUGCAGACUACAGGAGCAGCUUACCGUCCCAGGAGGCCAUGCUGUGCUCUGGACCCCUCGCCAUCAUCCAAGGACGCACGUCCAAUUCAGGAAGACAAGCUACUCGCUUGUUCUCCGUGCCUCAUUUGGUCCAGCAAGAGACCACCUUGGCCUACCUGGAGAGCCAGAUGGCAGCCGCGCUGACGUUACAGUCCAGUCAUGAAUAUCGCCACUGGCUCCUCAUCUAUGCACGGUACCUAGUUAAUGAAGGGUUUGAAUAUCGGCUUCGAGAAUUAUGCAAGGAUUUGCUGGGGCCAGUCCAUCACUCUACUGGGAGUCAGUGGGAAUCGACGGUGGUGGGCUUACGAAAGCGAGAACUCCUCAAAGAGCUGCUUCCGGUCAUCGGGCAGAACCUGCGCUUCCAGCGACUGUUCACAGAGUACCAGGAGCAGCUGGACAUCCUGAGGGACAAAUAGCAGCCUCUGGCUUUGUGGAGGUGGCCUGCUGUAGGAGGAACACCGCUUCUCGGCGCUGAUCACUGACACAGCCACGUCUUGCCUGAUGGACAGACGGCCGCCCUGCCCUCCCAAAGGGAGCCAACGGGAGGGUCUCCAGCACCCAGGGGCUUGUUUUUGUCCAAGGAGAAUACGGCGCAGAGUGUGUAACAUCCAGGCACGGCCAGGCCUGGCCCUCCUUCCUAAAAGGACCUCCCUCUCCAGAGCAAGGUCCUGAGACUGCAGGGAGCUGCAGCUCCAUGGGGCAGGAGGCUUCCUCAUGUGCUCCAGGGGACUUGCCACGAGUGGUUCGGGGAGGCAGAGGGAGCCGGCCAUCUCCUGCCCGGCGACAAGCACAGCGCCGGCAGCCACAGGCAUCCCCAGGGGCUCAGUGGGCUUGGAGCCCUGCCAUGCAAAAGGCAGAAGCCGCCCGCCCUCCCACAGGAAGGCACAAGUAGCCCAGAGACUCCCUGCCCAGAGGAAGGCUGUACUCUCCCACGAGUGGGCUUUCCUCGAGAAUCUGCUCACCUGGGAGAGAGGACUUCCCUUGGCUACCAAUCAGGAUUUCCCUAUGGGGCACGUGGACACUUGUCACCCAUAGGACAUCGCAACUCUAAUUAUGACGGCGACGUUGCUCAGUAAUUGUACCAAAAUUAACCUGUCCUCAUUUGGUUUUUAAUUUUUAAAUGUUUGUAAAAGAGACCGUUUUUCUGGGAAGGGACAAGGGGCGGGCGAUUCUUUUUGUAAGUAUGAAAUAAAUGAACACAGCAUUGGAUACAAAACUCA